CAGAAGACGCAGAAUACAGGUUGGAUAAGAAACCAAGAGGACAACAUCGUGACUUUUGCUGGACACUCUGUGCUUCUCUAUCUCUGAAUCUCUUACAACUUAUCUCUCUCCUCGUGCCACACAUAGAAAACAUUUUUUUUUUUACCUCUAACCCUAUGGACUUGGGCCCAGAUUAAAUGUGCAAAGACUGUGGGACAACUAACAAAAUGCAGAUGCAGCUGACCUUCGUGACGCUCCUGUUUUUACUGUGCAAUGGACUGUGCUCAGAUAUAGACCAGGGAAAAGAGGCAGUAGAGGAAGAGGUACUGAGAAGUCUCCUCACUUCAAAGGUAAAGCAGAGCAAGCACAUCGCCCCCCUGUGGCAACUGCCUCUUCAUGAGGUGUGCAAGAUCAUAAGCGAUCAAGGGAACCCAUGGCAGGAGGCCUGGGGCAGCAUGGAGGAGCAGGAGGAGGAGUAUGUUCAAGCUGACUAUGACCAUAGAGUGUCCAGUAGCUUCACCCAAAUGCCUGAGGAACUGCAUGACCUUCAAAACCUCUGUAGGGUACUUCAUCCCAGAGAGCUUCAAGAUGGUCAAGAAUAUCUGAAUCUGGACCAAAACAGUGACAGCCCACUGAAGAGGAAAUCUCCAUAUAUACUAAAAAGGCAACUGCGCACCAAUAAAUCAAGAAGGCCAUACAUUCUGAAGCGAAGUGCAUAUUACUGAUGCCCAAGACCCACUGAUGUAAAAACUGUUUUACAUUUUGUUAAUAUGUGUUUGUACUCACUGUCAUAGUAUCAGUAGCGACAUUAAUUGUGUUUUAUUUUAGCUAAACUUUUGUUUCAGCUAAAGUUCUUUUCAAUAG